AUUGUAUGUUACAUCAUUAUAAGAAAGCUCCACCAUCAGAACUUGGGAGCACAAAAGUCUGAAAAUCGAUAAGAAAUUCGUAUAAAAAGACAGUUUUAUAAUCUCUUUAACCUGCAAUCAAAUUAAGAAAAUAAUUAGAAUACAAAGAUGGAUGUGUUUAUGAUGAUAAGAAGAAAGAAAACGACAAUCUUUACAGAUGCAAAAGAUACAACGACUGUACUGGAACUUAAAAAAAUGAUCGAAGGCAUCCUUAAAGUUGCUCCAAAAGAUCAGCGCGUUUACAACAAGGAUAAUACACUUAUGGAUGAUGAUAAGCAAUUAUCGGAGUAUGGAAUUACAAUGUUGACAGCAAAAGCCCAACAACCAGCAGUUUUAGGACUCGCCCUUCGCAUUGAUCACGAAUUUGAGCCGCUUGAGAUGUGUCCUUACUCCCAACCACCCGAUCUUCCCGAAGUUAUGAAAAAUCAGGACGGAGCUAAUGGGGAGCAAGCCUAAGAUAAUUUCAAGUUGAGUUUUUUAUCAAUCAUAAACACAAACACACAUCCUGUCAUCGUAAAGAUCGCGCUUUCAUCUUUUUCACUCUUGCACCGGCUGAAAAAUAAAAGAAAUGAAAAUUAAAGAAAAAAAACGAGUGGGUGGAAAAGACGUGUUAUAAUUUAUUAUUAAUUACUACUCUCUGUUGCGAGCUGGGACUAAAGUCAAAUUGAUGUUUGCCUUAAUUUAUUUCCUGAUAAAAAAGCUCGAUGAUGUUGAGCUUAUUGUGAAAGAUUCUUAAGUUAUUUUUUUUCCAAGAACGUUUCAACUCCAACAAAAAAGUUUUUCUUUUAUAAAUUUCUUUCUUUUUUAUUUGUGAGAAAACUUUCCUAAUAAAAUAGAUUGUAAUAAAUGA